GAGCGUUUCAGGCUCUUCCGCAAAGAAAGCUCCAUCCACUGGGAGAUCAGGUUGGUAAGCGAGGAGGAGGAAGAGGAUGCAGAAGAAGAAGAAGAGGAGGAGGAGGAAGAGGAGGAGGAGGAUCUACCCAGCCCGGCUGUCGUGGACGGCACCACAGUCGCCGCCGCCCUGGCGGUUUAUCUUGAGUCGGCCAAGGCGCCUUUUUAUGCCACGAGCAUCAGCAGCUUCUACGCCAAGCAUCCGGGAUACAAGGAGGUCAUCGCCCGCAACGGGGGUCUGCUAAAAUUCUGCGAUGCGCAUAGCGGUCUCCUGGCGUACGCGCGUGCCCGCACGGGGCCGGUCUGCGAGAUCUACCUCCCCCA